AUGAAGUAUGGUAAAUACCUUGCGUCAAGACAGUUGGAGCUACCUGAAUAUUCAGGUCAUUUUAUUGACUAUAAAGCUUUAAAGAAGUUGAUAAAACAAUUGGCAAUUCCGACAAACAAUAGAAGCAGUGGUGGUAGCAGCAGUGGUAACAACAACAAGGUCGAGCUGGCUUCAGCAUUCAGUAAUAACACAGCCGCUGAAAUCCAAAAAACACUAAAGGAGAACAAGGCAACUUUCUUUUUCCGUGUGGAAAGAGAGCUAGAUAAGGUCAAUUCAUUUUAUCUCGAAAAACAAGCAAAUCUAGCUAUCAACUUAAACCUCCUAGUGCUCAGAAGAGACGAACUAUUUGCAAAACUAUACAGGUGUCUAAAUCAACAGCAUGUAAGCGGGAACAAUGAAGAAACUUUGCCAUUAAAUUCCGAUAUCCGAAACUCAAUCUCGUUUCUCAACUUGUAUCAAAAUUUCAAAAAAAUACACCAGGAUCUAAUUAGACUUCAGCAAUUUAUCGAGUUGAAUGAAACGGGGUUUUCUAAAGUGGUCAAAAAAUGGGAUAAGCGAUCCAAGUCACAUACUAAGGAACUAUUCAUUAGUACUGCUGUUAGCGUUCAACCCGUUUUCCAUAAAAACGAAAUCAACGAAUUGAGUGACUUGGUUACCCAGUCUUUGUUUGACAUUGAAAGUAUUAUGGAUGGAGACUUUACGUGCUUGAAUAAUUACAGUUUGCAUGCAACUAGUGCCGAAGCGCAGGCUCAAACUUUAGGAGAGCAGUCUGUAGUAAUCGCAGGUGAAAUGCAAACAGUAGUUGAUUUACAAGAUCAAGAUCAAGAACAGCGACAGCCUGCAUUUGUAAGGCAGUCGUCGAUCUCAAAUAUUGAACGUAAUAAUAGCGAGGUGGAUGAUCUUUAUGCCAGUUUUGUCAAUGUGGCUACAAUAAAGGAUCCCGAUUUGUCCCUACUAGCACGGUGGAUUGAUAAAAUCAACGGCUCAAGCAAGUCAGCCAAUACUCCAUUUAGUACCUCAGUAAAAUGCAAAAUCUCAAAGAUUUUUUUAUUAUCAAUUACCAAUCUCAAAAUCUCGGAUUCCUUUUUAGAAUCAUUUUUGGAAUUAAUCAACUACGAUAUAGAUCUCACUUUGGUCAACAACGACUUCAACAAUAAUAAGACAAUAUUGCAUGAAUGUUGCUCCAUACUGCCGACACCGACCCACCAUGAAAGUCAUGUUGUUAUAAACAACGGUGUUAAAGUCGUUAAUCCAUACGAUUCAAUCAACCAUUCUAGAAAUUUCAUUGUUGAGUGCAUAGUGAAGAAGUUGUCUAAAAGCGAGAUUGAAAGUUUGCUAAUUCGUCGAGACUUUAAUGGAAGAAAUUGUCUUCAUUAUGCAGCACAACACAACAGAGGGGAUUUGCUAGAUACUAUAAUCACAUUGUUUCCCAAAGAACACAUUGAUGAUUUAGGCAACGACUCUAUGUCCCCACUUUUACUUGCCAUUAAACACGGCAAUUUGAACAUUAUUAAAAAAUUGGUUCAAUUUGGUGCAAACCCAUUUCCAUACACAAGUAAGGAUACAUUGCAGUAUUUGCCAAUAAACUAUGCAUGCAAAUUUGGAGAUUAUAAGAUCAUAGAGUAUUUACUUUCUAAUGAAUCUUCCAAAGAAUUGGUCAAGGAUUUGGUUAAUCAGCAAGAUGUUGAAGGAUUACUUCCUUUACAUGUGGUUUCUAGAGCAGGUCAUUAUAAAUUGAUAAAACUUUUAAUCCAAUAUGGUGCAGAAAUCAACAAGUUUGAUGGCUUUAAUAAAUGGACACCAAUAUUUUAUGCUGCUGCUGAGGGCCAUGUUAAUACUACUCAGGAGUUGGUCAAAUUUGGUGCCAGGUUGGAUAUACUAGAUCAAGAUGGUUAUAAUGUUUUAUAUUAUUGUGUCUUUGAAGGUCAUAUUGGUGUUAUAAAUGAAUUGUUGAGUCACCAUGAACAGUUUUUUGACAAAAGCAAACAGCCACAACUGCUGCAAUUGCAACUAAUAGAUAAUGGCGAAGACACUUCCAGGGGUAUCUUGAGUAGUAACAGUAGUAGUAACAGUGCUGGUGCUGGUGCUGGUGCUGGUGCUAGUGCUGGUGCUGAUGGUGCUGGAGAUGAUGCGGUGAAUGCCGCAGAUGAAGAAGAUGAUUCGGAAGAUAGUGGAUCAAUUGACAAGAACAAUAUAGAUAGCAUACCUGACUUGCAAUUACCACCCCCAAUUUUGCCAUUACGCCGUUAUGGGCACAACUUUUUAGAGCAAAAAGUUCUUAUUGAGCUAAUUUUUCCCCAAGAUGAGUUUAUCAAUUUGUUCAAUUCAGCUACUGAUUUGAAACCAGGAAGGAUUACUUUGACAUCCAAUAUUUCCGAUAUUGUUCCCAGGAAUAUCUUGUUACCAUUAGACGAAGAAGGCGCUGGUGGGAACUCUCAGAGUAACUGUGUUUUUCAAACGGAUAUUGAUUCCUUAACUGAGUUCCGUAUUGAUUUCGAAAUAUUUCCAAAGUUUGGCACGAGACUAAUUGCAAAGACCACGGCCUUAUCCUUUUCACACUUUGACAGAACAUCUUCCGAGAUUACUUCUAUCGAGCUCCCAUUGUUUGAUUUAAGACUAAGAAAUAUCGGCCAAUUGAAGUUUACUUAUCAAAUAAUUUUCCCAUUUUCAGGAACUUUAUUGGAAACUUCAAAGUUUGACACAUACUGGAAAUCUUUAACGAGUUUUGUUAAAAAUAAACAAACUUUGAAAUUGAAUGCCGCAGGAGGUCUUUCACCUAACAACUUCUUAUCACCAAACUUCAAUGCGGGAGUAAAUGCAGUGUCUCACAGUGCACAGAACCCUGCAGUGCAGAUUCAGCAGCAGCAGCAGCAAGAACAACUCAUUCCCUCGUCAAUAGUAACAGCUACGUCAUUAUCCGGGGAAUACCUUCGAAUCAAAGUGUGCCUUUUAAAUGACGGUACUCCAGUUGUCUGUCCUCACUGGGCAAUUGCAAUCACGGAAAAUAUUGACUUGUAUUUGCCAAAUUUGUCACUUGAACAACUAACUGCAAUAACAGACGACUUGUUUGACUACUCCAAAGUUAUCAAAGAUCUUUCUAGUAUGACUGUGAAGGAUAUCAGUUUGAUUAAGAAAUUGUUGAGGAUAAUAUACCUUCCAUUGGAUAUAAUUUUGGAAGUUCUAAGCCCGGAGAUCAACUUGAAUUUGGAGCUUGUUUUCCCAUCUACAUACGAGCUUGAGAUUUUACCAUUUGUGGGCAAUGUUCAAAGGAAUUUAAACAUUUUUAUUGAUUUCACACUAAAUGACGUUUUCAACCACAUGGGACCUUCAAAGUAUAAGAAAGAAGGACACAGUACUCCCUCAAGAUCAAUCAUAUUUCUUAGUUCAAACGCGUUGAUUUGUAAGAUUUUGAACUGGAAACAACCUAAUUUCCCCGUGUUUUUAAUAAUGAAUGGAAUCACUUAUAAUAGAAAGUUGAACAAAUUUGAAAAAAAAUCAACCAACGGACUAUUAAUUGAGAGUAGUAGCAACAACAACAGCAGCAGCAGUAGUGGUGACAAAGGAGGAGCAAGCAAUAAAGAGAUAUCAAAAGCGUCUAAUUUAAAAAAUUAUCAAGAGCUCAUUAUCAGAUCAAUAAAGGAAGCAGUCAACUUUUCAAUUAAUAAUAACCUUUUUGGUUUAAUCACCUCCAUACAUUUGCUUGAUUUAGUACCGAAAUUAAUAUCUUUAAUCCGAAGUAGAGGGUUAAUUCUUGUUGCUUCGAGUGAUGUCAGCGAACGUGGUGAUGAAAUGGAGGAAGAAAUUUUGAAAAAGGAGUUGGACUCAUACAUAAAGACCGAGAUCAACGGAUUGAGAUUUGAUGAUGUGCUUAGCUUUAAAGAAGAUAUCACUAUGUGA